AUGAUGUCCGAAAAGAUCCUUCGGCGACGUCUUCACUCAAAAUAUAAACGAAAUUGGCGUUAUGAGACGCAGAACAAAGCACUGCACGAAGUUUUGAGUAUGGCAGACGUUUUAGAGACAUCAAGUACGGAAGAAGAAGAAGAAACUAAUUUACAUGAUGAUCAACCAACAGUCGUGAAUUCAUUGUUCAACGACCAUUUAUCUGUGUACUCGGUUUCUGUAGACUCAGACACAGACUCUGAAUCUGAAAUUCUCAAAAAUGAAUCUAAUAUUAAUUGUAGCGACAAUGAAGUUGAUGAAAGCGACUGUUAUUUUGAAGAUUUUAUGGAUGAAAUGGACAUGCAUAAUAAUAAUCGCACAACUCCACUUUAUGCUGGUAGUCCUAUAUCUGUUCAUGAUGCAUGUGUUCGAUUGAUACGUUUGGCGCAUUCGCUAUCUCGACAAAAGUAA